AUGAAGGCCACUACGAUCAUCGUUUCCAUCCUCUCCGCUACCGCCAUGGUCAGCUCGGCACCUGUUGCCAACCCCCAAUUUCAAGUUUCACCCGAUAAUCAAUUCCACAGCAACAUCGGUUCGGGCGUCCAGCAGUGGGGACAGGAUAUGGUCAAUCAAUACGUCCCACAACCAAUUGCCAACUCUUUGAACAACUUGCAAGGUGUUCCUGGAUUUGGUCCUCAUCCUGUUGCCCAGUUCUUCGACUGGGGCCUUAACAAGAUCGGACUUCGAAGACUCGCCCGACGAGACUAA